UCUGAUCUUCUUCUCUUCAAAUAUAUACACCAAAUUAAGUUGAUGGGCUUUGGAUGGUAUUCAAUGUUGGCGUGAUAGUACGUAGCCAAGAGUGAAGUUAGUGUUAAGGAACGGUCCGGCUGAGUCGAGGGCCAGCCGGCCAUAAUCAAAGGCUUUAUAGCUAAGAUUUAGGUAUGAAAACUAGGAAAUCAACAACAUCAAGACACCAUUCGUCGCCUUCUUCUCCUUCCGUUUCCAAUAUCGCAACGACCCAACAACAGAAUCUUGCUUCGUUUGCCAAUAUGGCGCGAAAGUCCUCUCUUUUCAAACAGACCCUCAUCGCCACCGCCUUCUUCAUCCUCGCCAUCUACGCCUUGUUCACCACUUUCUUCCACACCCCUCUUCCCGUCGACGACACCGUGUCUCCUUCCGACGACGCUGCCGACGUUUCUUCCGUCGAAUUUCCUGAGAGACGAGCGGACGGGUCCGGGUCCGUCGGGAAAGUCAAGGUCUUUAUGUACGAUCUCCCUCACAAGUUCACCUACGGCCUUAUCCAGCAGCACGGCCUGGCGCGUGGCGGAUCCCCUGUCGAUGACGUCACCACCCUCAAGUAUCCGGGCCACCAGCACAUGCACGAGUGGUUCCUGUUCGCCGACCUGGCACGACCCGAAUCGGACCGCCUCGGAUCCCCUAUCGUUAAAGUCACUGACCCGGAAGAAGCCGACCUUUUCUACGUUCCCGUCUUUUCUUCAUUGAGCUUGAUUGUGAACGCGGGUCGGCCCCCAGGUACCGGUUCGGGUUACAGCGAUGAGCAAAUGCAGGAAGAGCUGGUGGAGUGGCUCAAUGGGCAGGAGUACUGGAAGAGGAAUAACGGGUGGGAUCACGUGAUCAUUGCGGGGGAUCCCAAUGCGCUUUAUCGGGUCGUGGAUCGGAUCAAGAAUGCCGUUUUGUUAGUUGCGGAUUUUGGGCGGUUGAGGCCGGAUCAAGGGUCAUUGGUAAAGGAUGUCAUAAUUCCUUAUUCGCAUCGGAUCAGCACCUACACUGGAGAUUUUGGGGUGGAAGAGAGGAAAACAUUGCUCUUUUUCAUGGGGAAUCGUUAUAGAAAAGAGGGAGGCAAAAUUCGCGAUUUGCUUUUUCAAAUACUUGAAAGUGAAGAAGAUGUCAUAAUAAAACAUGGAACACAAUCCAGAGAGAACCGAAGAGCAGCUUCACAUGGGAUGCACACAUCAAAGUUCUGUUUAAAUCCUGCAGGCGAUACUCCAUCAGCUUGCAGACUCUUUGAUGCUAUUGUUAGCUUGUGUGUCCCAGUGAUAGUCAGUGAUAACAUUGAGUUGCCUUUUGAAGAUAUUAUAGACUACAAAAAGUUUUCAGUAUUUGUGGAAACUACAGCUGCACUAAAACCCGGAUAUCUUGUUUCAUUGUUGAGACAAGUAUCUGCAGAGAAAAUUAUUGAAUAUCAGAAAGCAAUGAAAGAGGUGAAGCGGUACUAUGACUACACUGAUCCGAAUGGAACAGUUAAUGAAAUUUGGCGGCAAGUCUCACAAAAGCUACCUCUUAUCAAACUUAUGAUUAAUCGUGACAAACGGCUUGUUAAGAUGGAGUUGAGUGAACCGAACUGCUCAUGUCUUUGUUCAAACCAGACAGGAAUUAUCAGUUCCUUGUGAUAACAUCAUUUUUUGGUGAUCCUUGAAGUGCAUCUGUCAAAAUGGCUGUCCCUGAAUAUGAGCGAGGCAGAUACUUGACCGGACCCUGCCAGGUUUGAGGAAUAAUUUAUGAUACCCGUUUGCCUUCAGGGUGGGGUUUUCUCCCACUGCUGAUGAGGGUAGUGAAAUUUGCCACUGUAGAAGGCUUUCUUGCAUACAUUGUUGUAGAGUAGAUUGAAAUUUUGAUUAUAGUUGUAAUUGUAAUUGAUUUGUACAUUGUAGAAAUAAAA